UCCGAGUUUUUGUUGUUCUGCUGCUGCUGCUGCUGUUCGGAGGUCACGUCAGGGGUCAAGCGAGAAAUGACACGGGUCAAGGCCGCGUUGAGUGCCAGCAAGUCUUGAUGAAGGAAGUCUACACAUGUGUGUCCGGACAAGGCAUCGACUUCAACGCCUUCUUGGAGAUGGUCAGUGGUGGCAAAGACACCCAGAAUGGAACAAACCCAGCAGCAGCAUCACCUCCAGCUACAACAGCAUCGACAACGGGCGAGGCGAACUUGUCCAAAGAGAAGAUUUGUAGCCCCCGUCAAGAAAUUAUGGCAUGUAUCGUGAAGGCAGCACAGUCUAUAUUCAAGGAUUCACCUUGUGUGGCUGUUAAAGAAGACGCAACAUUGAACGACCAACAUUUCCUUCUCAAGGAGCAACUGGAAGCCAUCAUUGGACAGUACGACGUGUUUUGUGCCCACCCUUGUAGAAUCUCGCUGCUGGACGACAUGCGCGCCUGCUAUUCCAAGAACGAUCUUGACCCACAGUUGUUCAUGACAGCCGAUUCCAGUGGUCCAGUUAUUGGAGCAACUGCCUAUGAAGUCGAGGAAUUUUGCCAACACAGUGAGUCGCUGUACACGUGUCUGCGCCAGUCACGUGACGACUGCCAGGAAUCCCAUGUGGUUCUCAGCUCGAUCGGCCUUGACCUAGAUCUCAUGAAUAAAGGCGUGCAGGUUUUGUGUGCGGAUAAACCAGCCUACUUGCAAAGCCUGGGCUGUUUCGAUUCUCAUACAAAGGAAGUCGAGCACUGCCAGUCUAUUAAGUAUCGAACAAUUCUGGCAAUGGUGAUCAAAGCGCGGACACAGAGCUGGACCGAGGAGCAGUAUUACCAGGAAGUUUGUGGCGUCAUACUAAGCCACAUCCAGUGUGACCUGACCGCCUGGGAAGCCAAGGGCGACGAGGACUGUACGGAAACCACACUGAACCUCAAGCGGAAGUUACACUGUACUCUCAUACCCAAACAGUGCCAGACAUCCCACAAUGCAACUGUAGCUGAAGUCUGCACUAUGCAGGGAAGGUCGACAGGGGUUAAGGUCAUCCAACACUGGGUAUUUGUGAUACUGCUCUCUUUCUUGUUAGUACGGAGUGCAGAGGAGUACAGUUUAAACUGA